GAGAGAGAGAGAGAGAGAGAGAGAGAGAGAGAGAGAGAAAACUGAAAAGUAGAGAAUACGGAGAACACCAGAGGGAAAUGAGAGACAGAUGAGAGGAAGACAGACAGACGACUCGCACAACAACCAGGGAAAGUUCUGCAACUGAUGGAGAUACACAGUGAGGUGGACAUGAGUAACGGAGGGCACCCACAUUACAGGGGAAAUGUAUAAGUAUGAGAAAGGCCUGAAUCACCAUCAGGGGGAGAGAUCAGGAUGAGAGAUGUUGUGACUUGUGCAAGCUGGAAAUAAGGAGGGAACGUGACAUCUAUAGACGGAUAAACUGAGAGACAUCACCAGACACCCCCAGCACAUCACCUAGACAGGUGAGUGCAACUCAGGAGAAUGAAGCUAUGUCAGUUCUACAGGGUACGAAUCCUGGGUUUUGGCCUCAUUAUUAUUUUGACCAUUGGAUUUACAGUUCAGCUUCUGGGAAUCCAUCUCCCCAAGAGGUACCGGCAGACAGCUGAGCUGCGCAUGGUGUUCGCUGAGCCUUCAUCCUCUCCUCGGACAUGCCAGGCGAAAAGACACAUUGUGUUCCUAAAGACGCACAAAACCGCCGGGAGCACCAUUCUGAACCUACUGCACCGCUAUGGAGACCGGAACGGCUUAAUCUUCGCUUUGCCCUUCAAAUACCAAUUCAACUAUCCCAACCUCUUCCACUCUCGCAGGGUUAAGGGGUUUAGUUCCCCUGCGAGGCCGACCUACGACAUCCUCUGUCAUCACAUGCGCUUCAACCUGCCAGAGGUUCGGAAGGUCAUGCCGUCAGACUCCUUCUAUUUCACAAUUCUUCGAGAUCCCGCCACAAUGGCCGAGUCUUCCUUCUCCUACUAUCGUUCUGUGUCGUCCGCUUUCAAGAAGGCGCCUAAUUUCAAAGCGUUUAUUUCCCAUCCGUCAGACUACUAUCGACAGGGAGAGAGGUCCAACCAGUAUGCCCGAAACCUACUGUGGUUUGAUCUAGGGUUUAACCCCGAUGCCCCAUUUACGGAAAUUCUGGCAAAAGCAGGAGCUCGAGCAGUGGAGGGGAUUUUUAAUUUGGUCCUUCUAGCUGAGCACUUUGACGAAUCCAUGAUCCUCUUGAAAGAGGAGUUCUGUUGGGAGCUCGAUGAUGUGGUAACCUUUAAACUCAACAUCCGAGGGUCCUCAAGGCCACUGGAGCAAAGAGAAGUGGAGCAACUGAGGGCAUGGAAUGCUCUGGACUGGUACCUCUAUUCCUACUUUAACCGGACAUUCUGGGGGAAGGUGGAACGUUUUGGGAGGGAAAGGAUGGACAAUGAGGUCAAGAGGUUGAGGGAAAGGAGACAGCAGUUGGCUAAUGUCUGCCUUGAGGGUUUGGAGCCUGUUGGAGCAGAAGACAUUAAAGAAGAAGCUAUUAAGCCCUUCCAAUUUGGACAGGAGAAGAUCCUAGGGUGGGCGGUAAGGAAAAAUCUUUCACCCUACGUCCAUACACGAUGUGUGAAAAUGGUGACUCCAGAGCUGCAGUACAAGGAUCUUUUAGAUGCACAUCAGUUUCCAGCAGGGUCACAAAAUGAGUCAGAUCUAGCCGUGACCCUUGCAAGGGCCAUUGGUCGCUGAGAGGACCACAGAUGACCUAUGCAAACUCUUGAGGCACAAGGAUGAAAAUAUGACCACUUUAAAGUCAAUCUGGGGCCUAUUAGGAAAAAUGCCAACUUUGAACAAUUUUGCAUCUUUACUAAACAAAGGCUGGCUAAUCACUUCCUUCAUCACCUCGUUUCGGAUGGAAAUGUACUGUAGCAAGAUCUCGAAGGCCGUACAGAGAGUAUAGCACCAGGCUGUAGUGUAGAGAAUGCACUAUUAAUCACAAUGAUGGUGCCGGGAGUAUAAGACUGCACCACUUGCAUUACCUGCAAAAAACUGGAAGUUAAUGAGUAAAAAAACACAUCAAUAGACUGUAAUAUUCACUGACUGACACUCUGGGCCUGACAAUCACAUAAAAUAAACUCAUGAACUUUUAUUUCUUGGCUGUGGGCUGAAAAUAUGGUCAAAUUCUAGUGUAUCGGUACAAAUGGGCAUUAGACAUCAUCAUCACCUUGGACGCUUGCAUCAAGUCUAUGGUACUCCAAAAUAUGACUUCUAAAAGGUGAAUCCUAAGGAUACGUGUAAGCUAAAAUCGGAUGCAAUUGUAAGAGACAUGGCUGACUUGCAUUUCCAUGUACCUAAAAUUCCCAUGACACUCUUCUCCAAAAUCAAGUGGACACGAGUAUAAGAUAUGCAUGCGCAAUGCAACAAGAUGUAGGAGAUUCAAGAUUCAAGUUGUACAAGUGGGCUUACAUCCAACUCAAAUCAGGCUCUUUAUGGUCAAUGGGUCACGUAUUGCAGAUACUGCUACCAGUCAAUUAUCAUCUAUGGUAUAUGAGAACAUGGCCUGUUCGGGUUGAGAAAUGAUAACCUCUAGACCAGUGGUUCUCAAACUCGGUCCUCAGGACCACACACGGUUCAUGUUUUCCAUGUCACCCGGCAGCUGCUCUGUGUUUCAUCAACUGUCACAUUUUAAAAAUCUACAGGUGACCUGCAAAACAUGGACCGUGUGGGCUCCUGAGGACUGAGUUUGAGAACCUGUGAUCUAGACUGAAGCUAUCAGGCUAUGGUGGUCAUUCCGAGUUGAUCGCUCGCUAGCAGUUUUUAGCAGCCGUGCAAACGCAUAGCCGCCGCCCACCGGGGAGUGUAUUUUCGCUUUGCAGAAGUGCGAACGCCUGUGCAGCAGAGCGCCUGCAAAAUCUUUUUGUGUAAAACAAGACCAGCCCUGUAGUUACUCUUCGUGUGCGUUGAUUCUAAUGAUGGUGGGACGGCUUUUGACGUCACACACCCGCCAAGCCACGCCUGCGUUUUCCCCAACACACCUGCGUUUUUCUAAGCACUCCCUAAAAACGGUCGGUUGACACCCAGAAACGCCCACUUCAUGUCAAUCUUCCUGCGUUGUGCCGUGCGACUGAAAGCUUCGCUAGAACCUGCGCAAAACCACAAAGGACUUUGUACCCGUACGUCGCGCGUGCGCAUUGCGGUGCAAACGCAUGCGCAGAAAUGUCGAUUUUUAGCCUGAACGCUGCGCUGCGAAAAACGGCAGCUAGCGAUCAACUCGGAAUGACCCCCCUAUGUCUGAGAGUGAGGCUGAUUGUUAAUGAGUUGCCCUUAUUAAAAUUGCCCUAAAUUUAAAUGUGGGCACUCCCAGUUAUGGGCAGCAAGGUAAAGACUGCAAUUCCAGAUAAUAAUCCUGUAGAAAUUGGUAGGGUCAUAAUCAUUCAUUUCCGAAAAUGUUGUAAGAUAUCUGCGAGGCCAUGUGCCUAGUGGCAAUGAGACGAUGUGAUCUGGGCGCUUUGUCCACCAGACGAGUAGCUCAUUAUUGUCCAAUACAACCAUCCACAUUUGUGUAAAAUGAAACAAUUAUCCAGCCAUAUCACAAAGUGGGAUUGGUCCAUGUGGGGCCACCAUAAGGAACUUUAAUGUGUGCCUACCACCAGAAGCUCUUUUCCAGGUUCCCAAUUAUCAGAUAUACAAAACACUGUAUUGGGAACGGCCUCUAUUGUGGACUUAUAAUACUGGCACACUGACACAAACUAUGCAAAAGCCUUAAAUAAGUGUUGCCUUAUAUUUCU